CUGACUGCACACAAUUGACGCAGUAAAACCAAAGCGCAUAUAUUAAUAUGCAAAUCCCUCGUCGGUCAUCAUCACCUACACUUGAAUCUUCUCUUUCUCUCUUUCUCUAUAGAUUUAUAUUUCUCUCUCUGCAGUUGGAUCCUCAAGUAAGUAUCAUCAAUCACUUCAUGUUUGAUUCUGUUUUCAUGACCUCGAUCUGCUUUCAUUGACUUGUUGAUUUCAAUCAAGAGCGAACUGCAUUCACCUGAAAAAUUUUCCGUCAAUUAUAGCAAUGUUGCUAAUCUGAUCUUACUUUGGUUUCAUUCUGUGCUUCGAUUUUCGUUUUGUCAGGUUAAGUUUUCCCUUUUUUUUUUUUUUUCCACUUUGUUUUAGAUUCAUUCUCUUGAUUCAUUGAUUUUUUUUAUUGUUAUGUAUGUGUUUAUGAUUUUGUUGAUUUAAAACCUAAUGAGACGCCGUUCACCGGUGACUCCUUCAACGGAUCAUAUGGAAAAGGGGACUAACAAGUCCCAACAGUCUCGUCUCUGUGUAUUAGGGUUGCUUUGUGCGUUCUUUUGGGGUUUCUUAUUGUACUUCCAUUUUGUUAUUAUCGGUGGUAGAUCUUUUCAAGUUAAUCCCAUUUCAUCUGAGUCUAGGACUCUUGAACCUAUCCCCGUUAGUCGUCCAAUUCCGGAGAUUGAUAUCGACCAUGUAGAGAAUUAUGAUAAAUCUGAGAGUAGAGAUUUGGUUGUAGCUCAACUGAAAACACCCAAACCAGAGCCUGUAAUUGAACCAAAAACUGAUGAUCUUGAUAAGCCAGAGGUUUUUCAUUCCGUUACACCUCAGCCUAAAAUCCCCCAACCAGACCCUGUAAUUGAACAGAAAAACGAUGAUCUUAACAAGCCGAAAGUUUUCCCUUUUGUGAAGGCAUUGAAAACCACGGAAAACAAAAGUGAUCCAUGUGGUGGGAGAUAUGUAUAUGUUCAUGAUCUUCCUCCAAGAUUCAAUGAGGAUAUGCUUAAGCAGUGUAGGAGUCUUAGCAAAUGGACUAACAUGUGUAAGUUCACCACGAAUGCUGGACUUGGACCUCCAUUAGAGAACACUGAAGGGGUGUUUUCAGAUAACGGAUGGUAUGCCACAAAUCAGUUUGCAGUGGAUGUUAUUUUCAGUAACAGGAUGAAACAGUACGAGUGCUUGACUAAAGAUUCAUCCCUUGCUGCUGCCAUCUUUGUGCCUUUCUAUGCAGGUUUUGAUAUUGCAAGAUAUCUUUGGGGAUACAAUAUAUCAACCAGAGAUGCUGCUUCUCUUGAUCUUGUUGAUUGGUUACAGAAGAGACCUGAAUGGAGCAUAAUGGGGGGAAAGGAUCAUUUUCUUGUUGCGGGUAGGAUCACAUGGGAUUUCAGGAGAUUAAGUGAAGAAGAAACCGAUUGGGGGAAUAAGCUUUUGUUUUUACCAGCUGCUAAAAACAUGUCAAUGCUUGUGGUAGAAUCAAGUCCAUGGAAUGCAAAUGAUUUUGCAAUUCCUUAUCCCACCUACUUUCAUCCAUCAAAGGAUUCUGAAGUGUUUGCAUGGCAGGAUCGGAUGAUGAAUCUAGAUAGGAAAUGGCUCUUCUGUUUUGCUGGUGCACCACGCCCUGAUAAUCCUAAAUCCAUUAGAGGUCAGAUUAUCGAUCAGUGCAAGAAUUCAGAUGUUGGGAAGCUUUUAGAAUGUGAUCUUGGAGAGAGCAAAUGCCAUUCCCCUAGUAGCAUUAUGCAGAUGUUUCAGAGCUCGGUUUUUUGUCUACAACCUCAAGGAGAUUCUUACACAAGAAGAUCAGCUUUUGACUCGAUGUUGGCUGGUUGUAUUCCUGUUUUCUUUCAUCCUGGUUCUGCAUACACACAGUACACUUGGCAUCUUCCCAAAAAUUACACAAAGUAUUCGGUUUUCAUCCCGGAGGAUGAUCUUCGUAAGAAGAAUAUCAGUUUAGAGGAACGACUGGGUCAAAUCCCUGUUGACCAGGUCAAGAUGAUGAGAGAAGAGGUGAUAAAUUUGAUCCCGAGGCUAAUAUACGCAGACCCACGUUCAAAGCUAGAGUCUCAUAAAGAUGCUUUUGAUGUAUCUGUUCAAGCGAUUAUCAACAAGGUGACACGAUUGAGGAAAGAUAUGAUUGAUGGGCGCACUGAUGAUGAUUUUAUUGAGGAACUUAGUUGGAAGUAUGCAUUGCUAGAUGAAGGUGAGUAUGUGGGUGUUCAUGAAUGGGAUCCCUUUUUCUCUAAACCAAAACCGAAUGAUGGAAACACCGAUUCAGACGGGUCUUCAGCUGAAGUAGCAAAGAAUUCUUGGAAAAACGAGCAAAGAGAUCACUCAUGAGUCAUAGAGAUGUAAUGGAGGAGGAGGAAUGUUUGGUUAAAUGUCGUUUAUACAUGUCAUAUUAGAGGUUACAAUCUAGUGUAUUGUCUACUCGUUCAGUUGUUGAAGCAGGAUAAACUAUAAUUUUGCUACUAAUAUAUAGUUUGUCAUUUUAUCCGAUUUGUGAUUCUUUGUAAUGAUAAUAUAUACACAUACAACAUGGUAUUGCAUGAA